AUGGCGAAAAAGAAAAUUGAAUUGUUCAUCAAUAUUUAUAAUGAAAAAGAAUUUGAAUAUAUGCUUGCUCACAAUUUGGACAGACUUAUAUGUGCUGAAUUGCAUUCUUCAUUUGCUGGACCAUGUACAGCGUUAGAUAAUCUAUUUGUUAAAAUUAAAUUAGACUGGGGAGAUGGGAAGAUCGUUUUGUUAAGGGUGUGUGUCGAUGAAAUACAAUCUCUCGGUCGGUUUCGAUGUCAAAGCGAACCAAUGUUUUUGUUUAUUUUGAAUAAGAAAAUAACUAGAGUUUUCCGAGGAGUCGAUUACAUUAUGUUUGCUGAAGUAGCGAAAAAAGAGAUCGAGGAUUAUAAUAAAGGACUUAAAGGUGGUUUAAUAGAGAGACCAAGCUAUGACAUUGAUGAAGCAUCUCCAGAGGAACAGGAAUGGCUAAAGACGCGUUUGUUGGAGAAACAAGAAGAAGAAAUGAUUGAAGUGACACAAAGGAAUCAACGUCAAGCAGCUCGGAAACGUCACAGAGCUGAGCUGAUGGUGCCUCAUCUGAAGCACAUCAACUUUGUCCUUUAUUGGCCUCAUGCGAAACACGCUCACCCUGAGUUGUAUGAGCGGUGGGACAUAAACAAUAUAAUUAUGAUAGGUCGUGAAGAGAUUCAUUUGACCAAGGAAAUUGCGGAUGAUGUCCUCUAUGCUGGGGAUGCCCCACUCAACGAAGCUUCUAUGCAUAUGCUACUCUCUGGACCGGCGCUUGCUAUUUGUUUCAGAUUAUUGGAUGAGGAUAAGCAUUUUGUAUCCUUGGUACGCAGAAUUCUUUAUGAGGAACUAGCGCCGUUAGAUGACAGCAAGCCAUUAAAUGAACAAUUCCCUCGAAAGAGUGCAUUCGAUUUGUAUAAAACCUACAGCCCUACUAAAGAAGACGUUUUGCGGAAGCGUCAUGAAGAGAAGUUGAAAAGAAAGGAAGAAGCAUUAGAGAAAAGAGCAAGGCGAUUGUCUGAGAUGCAACGCUUAGCGAGACAAGCUAUUGAAGAAGCAAUUCAAGCUAAGCGAGCUCUGCGAGAACAACAAAAGCUUCAGCUGCUUAAAGCUGGUAAUUUAUCUGCGUUAGAAAAGCUUCGCCAGGAAGCUUUCGAUGAGGAGAUCGAUAUCGUCGUACCUGAGGAACUUUCUGAAGAAGAAGAAAGUAGCGAGGAAGAAAAUGUUGACGAAUAUUUUCCGCCAGCUGGUCUUGUUAUACCAGGUUUUUAUGCACCACCAAAUGAUAUAGCUAAGGCGAAUGGCCUUGCUAUAUUAUUUCCUACCUUAGUAUUAGAAAAUGUGACCCCUGAACCGGAGUUCCUUCCACCGCAUGUCUUAGUUAUGAUUGACAUGGCGAAGCGAUAUAAAGCUAUCGAAAUAAUGGCGCACUACACGAAGGAAGUUAUACACAUGGGAAUUUUCAAAGGGACCUAUCCAGCCGAUGCUGUCCAUAUUGCAUACAGCGUUAAGCAAUUUGAUAGCAAGCAACGAAGUCAUGAUUUGGAUAAUUUGAAAUUAGCGUUUAUGGUGUCUGUAAAAUCCGAUCUGGCGUUGCUAGAACUAACAGAUUUGAACCCGUUACACGUCAGCCGUGAUCCAACUGUGGGAGCAGUCGAAUGCGCGGCAUUAUUCCCCGUUGACUAUGUUUAA